GGAAAGAGGGAAAUGGGGUGGGAGGGGGUGUAAGCCCCUUUAGAAAAAGAAAAAAUAGGCGGGGCCAGGCGGGCGGGCGGGCUAGGGCUCUGGAUGGUAACCUCGCAGCCAGAGAAGGCCGGGGGCGGUGGCGUCGGAGACUGGGCUUAGAGACCUUGUGGGCUAAGUGACCCCGGGGUCCCUCCCCAGAGGUACUCGCCACCUUCCGAGCGCGGGCUGCGGCCCAGUCUCGCGCCCCUCCUUCUCUUUGCUCCCUCCCUCCUGAUUCCUGACCCAAAGUUCAACCCCGGGAGACUGGAGAAUACAGACUUUUUUUUUUUUUUCCUUUCCUCCUGAGAGCUUCAGACUAGAAAAGGGAAAAAGCCCCACUUUUGCUUCGUCACUAGAAACCGGGUCAUCUGAGUCAGCCGAGCCAAGUGACGUUAGGCCGGCCCGGGCCCCCGGCUAGCAGAGCUGAGGCGCUGCCACGAAACUCGUACCUGCGGCUAAGAGCAGGAAAACCCUUCCCUGUGUGCCAUCUGUUUUCUGUGGGGCCCUGACUGAUGAGGAGAGGAACAAGGAUUCAUGGAAGUGAGGUCAAAUUUGUCAAGAUGUCCACGAUCCCGAGGCACUUUGGCCUGAAAUACAAAGAGGAAUCGUAUAUGUUUAAAGAGCUUGAGAAGGUUCGGCAGGAAACUAAAAAGGAUUUUCUCCGAUUCAAGCAGAAGUUGGCCUCCAAGCCGGCUGUAGAUGAAAGCCCAGUCCACAGCCUCCAUGCCCCCGGCCCGGCCCGCCCCGUGCGCGUUUCCUGCGCCGCAGCCGGGACGUCCAGAGGGUACCCUCCAGCUAAAGGCCCUGCGAUGUCCGCGGCCGCCCUCCUGCAGGAGGUGCUCGGAGGCGCGCCGCGUCCCUCGGGCCUGGGUGAGGCGGCGGCUCCAGGCAAGACCUGGUCGUUCCGCCCCCGGGACUUUUACUUGCGGAGCUCCGCGUCCCUACGGCACCAGGCCCUGAAAAAGCCCCUAGUCAUCGCCUCGGGGUUCGGCACGGCCAGACCCGUGGUCCUGCUGCCGCCGCCCGAGCCGCCCGUGAAGCGCAGAGCGCGCGGGGCCUUGGAGAGCUCGCGGCACGCGGCCCCCAGGCGGGUCCUCGACCUGGGCAGGGGGCGCAAGGAGAGCCAGGAGGUAGCUCCUCUCGCAGGGCCCUGCAUGGCCAAAGAGAGGAAGGCCAGCUCCGUCUCCGCAGAGGACAGCUACAUGGAGGCCAGCAGUGGGCAGAGGAAAGUGAGGAUCCCCACCCACUUCGUGAGCGAGAGCGGGGCCCGCGAGGCGCGGGAAGCGGCGGGGUUAGGAACCCAGGGAGAACAGGAGAGCUGGCCGCUCAGCGACGCGCGGGAGGCCGCCUGUCAGGCGCUGCUGCCCGCCCGCGUGAUCCCCACGUCCAUCGAAGAGAUCAUCGCCUCGCUGCAGUACGAGGCCCAGCUGGCCUCCGACCAGACCAUCAAAGAGCUCAUACGGAGCGUCCUUGGCCAGGACUACGACAUUAGAAUGGAAGAUAUUUCUUUAAUGGGAAAAAUGUACCCCAACACAUCACCUAUGCAAGCAGAAACACCUGAGAUACAGGCAGAAACACCUGAGAUGCAAGCAGAGUAUAAAUUCCAGAUGGGUGCUGAGGAAUCGCAAACGAGUGUGCAUAAGGAACUUCCUGAAACCAUGUCAAGUAUUCUCCAGAUUGAACAAGAGGAUAUAGAAUGGGGACCCUCAGAAGCAGAAAGCACAGUAUUUAAACCUCAGGAAAUUUCGCAAGUUCAGCCAGCAGAGGAAUUAAGUAAACCUUUGGAAGAUGGACAGCCCACAAGUGAUUCAAAAGAAGCCAAGUGGGUGUCUUUAACGGCAAAAUCACCAGAAUUCUUGCAAAUUGAAGGAAAAGAAAUUAAGCGAAUGCAGAAACAUAAAUCACUGAGACCAAGAAAGUCUUCAAAACCUCUUUGUGAUAAAAAACUACAUAAAAAAAUUCCACAAGACUACUCCAUGCCGCGCCUUCAUGAUCUGUGCACCACCAUCCCAGCCCAGGGGCUGCCUGUUGACUUGAGCCUGGCUUCUCGAGUGUAUCACACUGCUAACAGGAAAGGCCAUGAUACCUUGCUUGGAAAAUUUGGAACCUCUUUCUUAGAUGAUCGCUUUACAGAUGAAGAACAAACAGAUAGAAUAUUGUAUGGAAUUCCUGUUAUGGAUGACAACCAAGAAUAUGUUCAUAUUCCUCCAACACCGCAAGGGAUACCACCUGAAUUGGCACAAGGAACUAGAGAGCGUGCUCACAAACCACACUUGCAAGUCUUGGGAAAGAAAAUGUGUGCUUAUCCAGAAUUCACGAAGUUGUUUUGGAAUACAGCUGCACCUAAAUUCUCUGUUCCAGAAUCUGUCAUGAAGGAGACUCUAUAUCCAAAAUAUGAGAGUGUUCAAGCAAGCAGACUUUUAACUGAUAAAUUUUCAUAUAAAAGCAGCGUCAUUACUUUACAUCAACAUAGCAGAACAAAUUUUUGGUGUUUCUUACCAAGAAAAUCUGCAUCAUUUGAAAGUAUCCAAAAAUGGUUUAGUGCACAACCUACACAACUAAGGCGAGUAAAAUCUUCUGUAGACUUGAGGAAGGAGGAGAUCAUAGCUCCUUUGGAAAUCAAGAAUGAUAUGCAAAGCAGUAUAAAAGAGGUUAUGUUUCAGAAAGCAAAGGAAUUGGAACGUCAGCUCCAGCUCACUAAGCAAAAUAAAACUGAGGAGCCCAACUAUGUGAAAGAAAAUAUAGAUGACAUCUUUGAUAACAUGUGCGAAAAACACAGUUUGAGAAAUCGCUCUUUGAAUCUCGUUGAAGCAUCUAAAAAAGCUGGCAUUAGUUACAUUGUUUAUCCCAAGAAACGGAAGAAAAGAUUGAAACAACAAAAACUUAUAUUCGUGUAUGAAGAGUUAUCCAAGCCUCCAAAAUCUCUUGAAAGAUCAGCAUCUCAUGGAAUACUUCCGGAACAGAAGAAAUAUUUGUUCAAAGUUCCAUUAUAUGAACGUCAAAUACGGUGUCCCAGUUUACCUUCGUAUUUAAAUUUUGAAAAAUUCGUCCAAGCUAACGGAGGAAUUCCAGAAAAUAUUGAUCCUCGGACAUGGGCUCUUGAUAGGCUCAUUGAGUACAAAGAUGCGAGCACACCUGUAAAAGAGAAAGAUGAUAAAAUAUCCGUUCCUAAAGACCCACCUGAAAGAGUGAAAGAACCACCAAAACUAAAAUUAAAUGAUUAUGUGGAGUCUGAUCUUCCACAAGAGGUCAUUAAAUAUUAUGAAUCUGAAGUGAAGAUUUUGACUGAAGAAAUAAAUGAUAAGACAAAAUAUCCUGCAUUUGCAUAUUGUAGGCGUGGAGCUAUUUAUAGGAAAUUGGGAAAGUUGCAGAGUGCCGUGAAUGAUCUACAGAGAGUAAUGCUCUUGGAACCAUUGUUUCUCAAUGCCUAUUGGCACCGACAUUUAAUUUAUCUUUUCCAAGGCAAAAUUAAUGAAGCUUUGGAUGACUUGAAUUAUAUACAUAAAUAUAAUAAAAAUAAUACAGAGGCAUAUUUGUCAAAGGCAGAAAUUUACAGGGGAAAAAAAGACAUAACUUUGGCAAUUCUAAACUAUACCCAGGCAAUUAAAUGCAGGCCCACAGAUGCUGAUAUCUAUUUCAGGAGGGGUGAGAUGUAUGAAAUAGCAGACAAAGUACUGGCCAUUGAUGACUUUUCGAAAUGUAUUUUUUAUGAUCCCAAAAGAACAGAUGCAUUAAUGAAACGUGGGCUGUUUUAUUAUGAAAAUGAAAACUGGUUUGCAGCCAUAGAGGAUUUUACAGCCUUGUUAAAUAUAGAUCACCAAAAUUCUCAAGCAAGGACAUACCGAGGGAUUGCAUAUGUUAAACGGAAAUUUUAUAAAGAGGCAACUCAAGAUUUGUCUGCUGCAAUUCACUUAGAUCCUAAUAACUGGUUAGCACUGUAUUAUCGAGGUUGCAUAUUCAGAAAGAGUAACCCUUUUACAGCGCUACAGGAUUAUAGUGUUUCAGCACUCAUAAAUGAUGGCUAUGAGAAUCUUGGUUGUUUUCUACAUCGGGGAAUAGUCUAUGCACAUCUAAAACUUUGGCAGCUGGCAAUUUGUGACUUUGAAACUGUCAUUUCUCUAGACAGAACUAUUACUUUGGCUUAUGUAAAUAUUGGCCUCAUACAUCUGCUACACCUGGAUAACUACACGGAAGCCAUUUGGCAAUUUUCUGAAGCUAUUAGAAUUGAUCCUUUAUGUAUUCAAAGCUAUCUUUGUCGGGCAGAAGCCUAUUUUAAGUUGCAUAAAUUGAAAAAGGCAGUAAAUGAAUUGUCUCGUGCUAUCCACCUUCAGCCAGAUGGAAUCCAAUUACACAUAAGAAGAGGACAAUAUCUUCUUAUGAUGAAAUGUUAUGAUCUUGCAAAGUUUACUAUUUAUCAAGUAGCAGAAAUGGACAAAGGUCUCACUGAGUUGAGUCCUAUGCAGCAAGCCCUCAUUUAUUCAUUUUGUGAAAACCAUGACAAGGCCAUUGAGGUCUUGGACGGAAUCAGCUGGAAUGGAGCUGAGAUGACCACGUGUGCUCUAUUAGCAAAAGUUCAAAUGAAGGCCAAGAGAACCAAGGAAGCUGUGAAAAUGCUUAAGAAGGCUUUGGAUGCCGUUUCUCAUUCUGAUAAAGGACCAAAUGCCACAGCAAUUUCAGCAGACUGUCUGUAUAACUUGGGUCUUUGUUACAUGGAGGAAGGCAAUUUGCAAAUGGCUUUUGAUUCUUUUACAAAAGCUGUGAAAGCAAAUCCAGAUUUUGCGGAAAGCUUUUAUCAGCGAGGGCUUUGUAAAGUGAAACUCCACAAGGAUAGCUCGAUUCUGGAUUUUAAUCGUGCAAUCACCCUCAAUCCAAAACAUUACCAGGCAUAUUUAAGCCGAGCAGCAUUCUACGGUUUAAAAGGCAGGUAUUCCAAAGCAAUCUUGAAUUGUAACAAGGCUAUUGAAAUUUACCCUGAAAGCGUACGUGCCUAUCUCUACAGAGGAGUUCUGAAAUACUACAACAAGACUUAUAAGCUAGCAGUUACAGAUUUAACUACAGCUAUCAGCAUGGACAAAAAUAAUUAUAUAGCAUUUUAUAACAGAGCGUUAUGUUACACCAAGAUAAGGGAACUUCAAAUGGCAUUAACAGAUUAUGGAAUUGUGCUGCUUCUUGAUGCUACAGAAACUGUGAAACUAAAUACCUUCCUUAAUCGUGGACUCAUCUACGUAGAACUAGACCAGUAUGGCUUUGCACUAGAGGAUUUUAAGCAAGCUGCACUGAUAAGCCAGACUAACGGGAGCCUUUGGCAUGCCACUGCCAUGUGCCAUCACAGAAUUAAUGAGUUUGAAGAAGCUGUUAAUUUCUUUACCCGGGCUCUUAAAAUUAACCCAUGUUUUCUGGAUGCUUAUGUUGGACGGGGAAAUUCUUACAUGGAAUACGGUCAUGAUGAAGCCACCAGGCAAGCACAGAAAGACUUUCUGAAAGCACUGCAUAUUAAUCCAGCAUGCAUAAAAGCCAGAAUUAGUUUUUGCUAUAAUUUGCAGGCCCAAGGAAAAUUCCAGAAAGCUUGGAACCACUUUACCAUUGCCAUAGAUAUUGAUCCAAAGAACUACCUAGCCUAUGAAGGAAGAGCUGUGGUCUGUCUUCAGAUGGGUAAUAAUUUUGCUGCAAUGCAGGAUAUUAAUGCUGCCAUGAAGAUCAAUACUACAGCAGAAUUCUUAACAAAUCGUGGGGUGAUUCAUGAGUUUAUGGGCCACAAACAGGAUGCAAUGAAAGACUACCAAGAUGCAAUUUCUCUAAACCCCAAGUACUCGCUGGCUUACUUUAAUGCAGGAAAUAUCUACUUUCACCACAGGCAGUUUUCCCAGGCCAGUGACUACUUCUCAAAAGCUUUAAAAUUUGAUCCAGAAAAUGAAUAUGUUCUCAUGAAUCAAGCUAUUACAAAUACAAUAUUAAAGAAAUAUGAAGAAGCAAAAGAAGAUUUUGCAAAUGUAAUUGAAAGCUGUCCCUUUUGGGCUGCAGUAUAUGUUAAUAGAGCACAUUUCUACUACUGCUUAAAGCAAUAUGAACUAGCUGAGGAAGACCUUAAUAAAGCCCUGUCUUUGAAGCCUGAUGAUGCUCUAGUAUAUCGUUUUAGAGCAAAAGUUCGUGGUAAAAUAGGUCUGAUUGAGGAAGCUAUGACUGACUAUAACCAAGCACUUGAACUUGAAGACUAUGCCUCAGUUAUAUGAUUACCUAGACUGGUUGCUAUAGUAGUUUACACAGCUGUUCUCUCUGAAACGGAAAUGUAUUUGUUGUCUAAAAGGUUCUACCGUAUUCAUUAUUCAUUAUGCUUAGUCUUCCAUAUAACUUUCUAUGCAUUUUAAUAAAAUGUUUGUUAUACAUUAAUUAUAAAACAUAUAUCAUUUUCUGCAUAUUUGGAAUACCGUGAUAACUGAAUUUUUCCAAGGUUGCAGAAUCUAAAGGAAAAUGUUUCUUAAGGAAUUAAAUAGGAAUGUUUCUUAACAUUUAAAAUAUUUUAAUUCUUUUUGAAAUAAUACUAUACAUUGUAGAAAAAGUGUCAUCGACCUUUUCAUCAAUCCUUGCUGACAAUGUAUUAAACAGUAUACAGAUUAAAAAAUAAACUGGUGACUAUAAAAAACUGAA